CCUCGGGGCGCCCCAUAAGUUGUGGGGCUGGGGAGGUUUUUGACGUCAUCCGGCGUCGCGGCCCGUGUCAUACACACACACACACACAGAGACGCAUACUUUGUAGGGACUCGGUUUGGAGGAACGGACGGUCCGGCUGCUGCGGAGAAGCGAAUCGGUGCUCAGCAUCGGCCAGCCCCGGCCACGCCCAGUGCCCGGAGCCCCUCCCACCCAGAGGGCGGAGCCAUCGAGAGGACCCGCCCCUACGACAAGCCCCGCCCACGGCGAUCCCCUCCUCCAAUGGCGCUUGCGCCGGCGGGGGGCGGAGCCGGGCCUGGGUGUGGCCCCGGUGGGCGGGGCUUGGCUUGGCUCCGCCUCCCCGGAUGCCCUGUCAUGGCGGGAGCCAUGUUCGCAGUCACGUGACUCCCGUGAGCCUUUGCGGCCGGAGUCAUGUGACUCCUGUGAUGCGUCGCGGGCUACCAGGGAAGAUUCCCAUGAUGCCUCGCGGCGGCAGCCAUCUUUGAAGUCACGUGACUCCCAUGAGCCUUUGCGGCGGGAGCCAUUGUUGAGGUCACGUGACUCCUAUGAGGCCCUGCGGCCUGGGAGGGAGAAUUCCCACGAUCCUUUGCGGCGGGAGCCAUGUUUGCAGGCACGUGACUCCCAGGAUGCAUUGCGGCCUACGUGGGAGGACUCCCAUGAUGCCUUGCUGCAGGGGCGGGCCCCAGACAGGCAUGGCUCCCAUGAUCCUUUGCAGCGGGAGCCAUCUUUGAGGUCACGUGAUUCCCACGAAGUGCCGCGGUCUAUGAGAGAGGACUCCCAUGGUGCUUUGCGGCGGGAGCCAUGUUUGAAGCCACGUGACUCCCAUGAUGCCUUGUGGCGGGAGGCAUGUUUGAGGUCACAUGACUCCCAUGAGGCCUCAUGGCCUAUAACAGAUGGCUCCCAUAAUGCUUUGCGACGGGAGCCAUGUUUGAGGUCACGUGACUCCCAUGAGACCUCACGGCCUACAACAGACAGCUCCCAUGAUGCCUUGCAACAGGAGCCAUGCUUGAAACCACGUGACUCCCAUGGUGCCUUGCGACAGGAGCCAUCUUUGAGGUCACGUGACUCCCAUGAUGCUUUACGGCCUACAACAGACAGCUCCCAUGAUGCCUUGCGGCAGAAGCCAUGCUCGAAACCACGUGACUCCCAUGGUGCCUUGUGGCGGGAGCCAUCUUUGAGGUCACGUGACUCCCACGAAGCACAGCAGCCGAUGAGGGAGGGCUCCCAUGAUCCUUUGCGGCAGGAGCCAUGUUUGAAGCCACGCAACUCCCAUGAUGCUUUGCGGCCUCCCCCAAGGGACAUCUCCCAUCAGCCCCUGUGCCCGGAGGGGCGGGGCUUACAGUGUGACCUGGGGGCACCAGCACAGGAGCCGUGGGGCCAAGCCAUGGGGCAGGAUGCGGCCAUCAGCGAGCAGCAGGCACUGGGGGAUCCCCUCCUUCGGCUGCUUCGCAGACGUCGCCGGGCGCUUUGGGGCCGUUUACGGGACGUCGAGACCCUCCUGGCUGCGCUGCAGGAGCCCCCCCAAGAUUUUGGGGGGGCAAUAAAGCGAUGAAACCACCCCAAAACCAACAAAAAUCUCGGGGGGGGUCCCCAAAAGAGGGGGGAGUGGAUUGGGCCCAAUCCUCUCCCCCCCCCCUUUUAGGGACUCCCCCCCAGCACCUUUGACCCCCCCCCCAAAGAACAUUUUGGGGUUUGAAAAAUGGCCGCCGCCAUGGACUCCAACUCCCAUCACCCCCCGCGCGGUGCCUACAGUUCCCAUCAUCCCCCGCGCCGCUAUAAACGCCUGUUAUAGCCUUCACUUCCGGGCCUACAACUCCCAUCAUCCUCCGCGCCGUCAUAGCCCUCCAUUAUGCCCCCUUCCAGGCCUACACUUCCCAUCAUCCCCCGCACCGCUAUUAAAACAUAUUAGACCCUUCACUUCCGGGCCUACAACUCCCAUAAUUUACCGCGCCGCCAUAGACUGCCAUUAUAGCCUUCCGUUUCCGGGACUACAGCUCCCAUCAUGCAUCGUGCCGCCAUAAACCUUCAUUAUCCCCUACUUCCGGGCCUACAACUCCCAUAAUCCACCGCGCCGCACUAGACCGCCAUUCUAGCCUUCCGCUUCCGGGACUACACCUCCCAUCGUGCACCGCGCCGCCGCAGCCCGCCGUUCUCCCGCCCUCACCUCCGGAACUACAAUUCCCGUCGUGCCCCGCGGCUUUCCCGCGCUUUGGCGGUCGUCUCUCUCCUCAGCUUCUCCCUCACGAUGGCGGCGGAGGCGGCGCUGGGUCGUUGGGCCCGGACGGAGAUGGAGCUGCCGCCCGGCAUCGACCUCAGCGGGACCGUUCUCCGCAGACUCUGCUCAGGGCCCUGUGCCCCCAUUUGGGAGUUCGUCACCCGCCACGUCCGUCACCCGCGGAAUGUGAAGAAGAUUCGGGGGAACCUGCUCUGGUACCGGCACCUGGAGAUGGAGGGGGCGGGGCUGGCGCAGGCCAAGGAGGAAGCGCGCGGGGCGGUGUCGCGCUUACGUCAGGAGGUGGGCGGGGCCGCGGGCGGGGCCCCGGGCCGUGCACGGGAGGCGGUGCUGGAGCUGGAGGCGGCGCUGGAGGCGGAGUUAUCCCGGCGGGGGGCGGAGCUUCGCCGGGGGCUGGAAUUGAGGCUGAUGGGGGCGGAGGCAACGCGGGAGGGGCGGAGACUGCGGGAGGGGCGGGGCAACCUGCGCCCGCCCCAUAGGCCGGGGGAGGCGGGGCCACAGCUGGCGGCCGCCAUUGCCAUGGGGAUGGAGCCGGAAGUGCUGGCGUCGGUCCGGGCCGUCUGCAGGACGCGGGCGGAGGCGUUGGAGUCGCUGCUGGAGCCGCGCCCCUCCCUCGAGGCGCAGGAGCUGAUGGAGGCGGCGACCAAGCGCUGGCUGCGGGAGGCUGAGGCCGUGUUAAGCCGACACCCCCCGGGGGCGGUGCUUUGGGCCCUGGAGCACCUGGCAUUGGACAGCGCCCGCCGGCCACGCCCACCGGGCGGGGCUCGGCGCCGCUUGCGUUCCUACAGGCCGGCUGAUUGCGACCUCGACGCCGACGCUGGCCUUGACCCCGCCCCCGAGGCCGAGGCCCCGCCCACCGUGAGGCGCCUGCUCCAGGCUGGCGCUGGAGGCGGCAGGGUUGAGGGGUGCCCGGGGGGCGCUGGCUCGGGGGAUGCAGCAGCUUCGGGGGGCCAGGGGUCCCCCAAAACCUGGUUUGGGGGAGCAGAAGAUCCGGCUGCAGCGUGGGAGACAGCGGCUGCACCGUCGCCAGCAGCGGCUCCGAGCUCUGGCCGGGGCCACCAAGACCCUCAAAUCCCGACUGCGGCUGCUGCAGGGGCAGGUGCAGGGGGCGGGGCGAGCGGGGCUGGGCGGGGCCUCGCCGGCACUGGCGGAGGAAAGCGAGCAGCUGCGGCGGCUACUGGGAACACUGGGAGGACUGGGAGAGCUGGGACAGCCCCCCCCGAGGCCCCACCCAGAUCCGCUGCUGCCCGUUUACAGGGCGCUGGAGCUGCCAAUCUACCAGGCCCAGCAGGGGGCGCUGUGCCGGGCGGCGUGGCUGCGCCAGGAGCUGCGGCUGGGGGCGGGGCUUCGGGAGUGGGCGUGGCCUGCCGAGCCACGCCCCCCGCUGGGGGGAGCUGUGGGCGGGGCCGGGCAGGAGCUGUUGCCCCGCCUCCGCCUGGUCGCCGCCCACACCCGGCGCCGGAUCGAGGCUUGGCCCCGCCUCCAGGCUCUCGUCAGCCAAUGGUGGGAGCAGCCGGCGCAGUGGACCCUGGUCCCGCCCCCGGGCGGCGUCCCCUUCUCCCAUUGGCUGCAGCGCUGGACCCGGGCCGCCCAGGCCUUGGCUUGUCCCCGCCCCCUCCCUUUGGCCCCGCCCACCGACGCACCGGAAAGGCGGGGCCAGCGCGAGCCCCACCCCUGAAGCGGCAUCGGCCGCCGCCAUUGGCCGAGAUUCCCCCUGCGGGAAUAAAGUGCUGGAGAGGAGUGGGCGUGGCCGUGGUGGGGGCGUGGCCGCGGUGGGGGGCGUGGCCAGGGUGGGGGCUGGGCUCAGCGAUACGGCGGCGGCGCCAACGACGACGACGACAACAACCUGUGAUAACGUAGGUCCUACAAUAACGCAGCUCCCCUACGGCGCGUAAAUAAAGUAGGGCCUACCGUAACGAACCCAUAAAUAAUGUAGGAC